CUUCAUCUUCAUCUUCAUAUUCGAAUUGCAGUUAAUACCUUAAACAAAACAAAAACCAUGGUUUCAGCCCAAAACCUUCCAUCAGCUACUACGCUUAUAACAGCAUACACGACCGUGGCUGCCUCCGCCCUUCUUGCCAAAACAGUGAUAAACGAAGUCCAAUCCAUGGCCAGUCAGAUCAUACCCCAAGAGAUUCAGCACAACCUACUCUCAAAACUCAAGUCUCUUACUAGAACUCUCCAAUCCCACAUGACUCUCGUAAUUGACGAAUUCGCCCAUGAUGGGAUUACCAAAAAUGACAUCUUUACUGCCGCUGAACUUUUCCUCAGAUCUAAACUCGCCACUUCACUUUCAAUUGCUAGAGCCAAGAUCCUCAAGGGACCCGACGAGAACGAGCCUUCUCUCUCUGUCUUCAAUGGGGAAAAGAUCGAGGAUUCCUUCCAAGGAAUUCAUGUCGUCUGGGAACUGUCUUCAGUGCAAGUUGAAAAGAAGAACUUGAACUAUGAAGGCAUCUUUUCUAGUGAAAAAUCGGAGAAGCGAUCUCUGGAGCUAAAAUUCCACAAGAAGUUCAACGACCAGAUUCUUUCCAAGUACAUUCCACACUUGCUGGAGAAGGCCAAGUUCAUGAAACAAGAAAAGAAGACGGUUAUGCUUCACGAUCUAGGAAACUUCCUUAGAGCAGUCAAACUGAACCAUCCUUCCACUUUUGAAACAAUGGCAAUGGACCCGACCACCAAGAAGGACCUUAUGGACGAUCUGGAUAGGUUUCUCAAUAGAAGGGAAUUCUAUAGAAGAGUCGGUAAAGCUUGGAAACGUGGUUAUUUGCUUUACGGUCCACCGGGAAGCGGCAAGUCCAGCUUGAUCGCCGCCAUGGCUAACUAUCUCAAAUUUGACGUUUACGAUUUAGAGCUCACCAGCCUCCGAUCGAAUUCAGACUUCAAGAACUUGAUCAUUAAGACGGAGAAUCGUUCAAUUUUAGUCAUUGAAGACAUUGAUUGCAGCACCGAAUUCCAUACCAGACAAGAAUUCAAUACCAGACAACAAUCUUUCUGUGCCAUACAAGAUGUCAAUACCACACAAGCUGUCAAAGGGCUCAGCUUUAUGGAUAAACAGGUGACUCUUUCGGGACUGCUGAAUUUCAUCGACGGGUUAUGGUCGAGUUGUGGAGACGAGAGGAUAAUUGUGUUCACGACCAAUCACAAAGACAAACUCGACCCGGCCUUGUUGAAACCGGGCAGGAUGGACAAGCACAUUCACAUGUCAUAUUGCAGUUUUAGCAGCUUCAGAAUCCUAUGUUCCAACUAUCUUGGAAUAACCCACCACCCGACAUUUGCGCAGAUCGAGGAGCUCAUAAUGGAAGUCGAGGCAGCCCCUGCAGAGAUAGCGGAAGAGCUCAUGAGGAGCGAAGAUGCUGACAUUGUGCUGGAAGGUGUUAUUGCUUUGCUGGAGAAGAAGAAGAACAAAAAGAAGACAGACAUUGAUGAAGGAAAAGAAAAAGAUAGUAACUGUAAAAAUGGAAAAAGGAAGCAAGCUGAUGAUGAUGACGAUGAUGAACCCAAGAUUGUGAAGAAAACAAGAGAAGAGGUCAAGACGGUUGAGGAACAAACAUAGCAUUAACAACUUCCACUGAAACACAUGACCUUAGGCCUUGUGUUUGAAUUAGGGUUGCUGGACAUCAUGAAUUAGUUCCACAUAGCAAAUCCAACAUAGCACGGAUGAAAGAGAAAUACUUUUUUACUUUUGAAAAAGAAUUUCCCGCUUGCGCAUUUCUUCUUCGUCCCGUAUUCCUCUCUCUCCAUGUCACUCUUCUUCCUAGCUCUUUCGAACCAAAAUGCAUCAUUCUCUUGUUUGUAUCGUCAAGCUCUGAUCCAACUUUUGCGAAGCGAAACAAAGUUCUAGUUGUCCUCGAAAAAUAGUAUUUUCUUAAUAAGGA